CAACCCGGGCCAGUACCCCGAGGACAUGCGCGACAUCUCCCUGGAGCAUGCCCGCCUCCAUAGCCGGGCCCUCAAGGUGGUCGACGUCGGUGGUGGCACUGGCUUCACCACGCUCGGCGUCGUCCGGUAUGUCGACCCCGAGAACGUGACGCUGCUCGACCAGUCGCCGCACCAACUCGACAAGGCCAGAAGGAAGAAGGCCCUCAGGGGCAUCAAGAUCAUGGAGGGUGACGCCGAGGACCUCCCCUUCCCCACCGACACCUUCGACCGAUACGUCUCUGCUGGCAGCAUUGAGUAUUGGCCUGAUCCGCAGCGGGGGAUCAGGGAGGCCUACAGGGUCCUGAGCGCCGACGGCGUGGCUUGUAUGAUAGGCCCUGUGCGCCCGACGUUCUGGCUAUCCCGCUUCUUCGCUGACAUGUGGAUGCUCUUCCCCACGGAGGAAGAGUACAUCGAGUGGUUUGAGAGGGCCGGCUUCAAGGAUGUCGAGCUCACCAGAAUCGGGCCAAAGUGGUACCGCGGUGCCCGUAGGCAUGGCCUGGUCAUUGGGUGCUGUGUCACAGGCAUCAAGACACAAAACGGGGAUUCCCCCUUGCGGCUUGGUCCAAAGGCUGAGGAUGUUAGCAAGCCACAUGUGAACCCCAUCUUCGUCUUCUUUCGGUUCCUCAUUGGGACAAUAUGCGCCACAUACUUCUUCCUAGUGCCUAUUUACAUGUGGAUCAAGGACAAGAUUGUGCCCCAAGGCAGGCCUAUCUAACUGAAGAUGCUGCCUGACAGGAGGAGACAAGAUCGGAGUCAAUAUCUGAUCUAAGCCGUGAAAAUACCUCUUCUGUUUCAUGUUGUGUUAUGUAUCUAUACAUAUGUGGACGCGCGUGGUUGUCAGAAGACCGAUCUAUUUUUGGCGCCGUGCAUCAACCGAUAGAGAGGCAGCUGCUCGAGGGCAUGGGAAACUAAUUGAUCAGACUUGUUUCCUGCUUAUGUAUCUCUCUUCGACUUGUGUGGACCCCUAAGAAGGUCCACCAUCUCCGUGUACAAAUAAAUCAAGGAGAAGUCAUUCGUUGUAACACAAAGUGAGUAUAUAAACAAUGGAGAAGUGUACUACAUCUUCUUUACAUAUUAAAGUA